CUUCGACUCCCUCUCUGUUGGUAUUCACGACGCGCACGUCUAGCUUUGUUGCAAACUACUGCCAGCUGGCACCCGCAGCACUCCUGAUCUAUGAUCACUGUCUGACGGUCGAAAGUGAAGUGCGCUACAUAUGGGGCCGGAGGCAGCCGGCAGCGUUCGUUUUCUUCCUCAAUCGAAUGUCUAUGGUGGGAUUGACCGUGACGGGCGCACUCGGCAUUCUGUCCUGGUCUUCUGUGGAGGGUCUACUGAUCGCCAAUGAGAUUUCAUGGGUUUCCGCUCUUCGCGUCAGGGCGCUCAGUCGGAGCCGUGCACUCGCCUGUGCAACCCUAUUACUCGGAAUCAUGCCAGUGAUAUCUAAUUUGGUUCUGUACGCCAAAACGACGUUCAUCACGAUCCCCUCAUACCCGGCAUCACAGCCUGCGCGACCGACGACAGCAUCUCACAUAACUUAGAUACACGGCGUGCGUGGUCCGCUCUGAGCAAUGUGGCUCAUCCGCCUUGCUCACGUUCAUGAACGCAGUACUAUACGCCUCCCGCGCAUGCGCGAUGCAAGUGAUCUUACGGUCAUCGUGGUGAUAUGGUACGGGACGUCAGGCC